UAGGGGUUCGCCGAGACAUCGGAAUAUAUCACCGCCGCCCGGCGUCGCCCCGCCGGCGUCGUUCGGCAGCGACGCCGACCUACACACGUUUAGGGAGGCCCUAGCACGAUCGCCGAUAUCACGCCUACCUCUUAGUACCGAUCUAUGUGCUUUCAUAACGGGUGAAAUAGAUAGGAACGGUAAACGAGCGCCCAGCCCUUCCGACGUUCCAAUGAGCAGCCCUUCCCACCACAAAAGACCUAGGUAUAUGUGAGAUAAGACGUUUGUUUCAAUUUCGCCAUCGGUGGUGUUUGUAUUUCAACUGUGAAUAUAGUUAUAGCUAUUGUAUAAUCAUCAUCAAGCAGUGUUUAAUUCUUUAUUAUAAAACUACGCGUAAUUUUUUUUGAUCUGCAAAUUUUAUCCGAUGUUUUACUUUUUCUUUUUUUUAUACUAAAUCAUUGCCAACGUUUCAAUUUUGCAUCAAAUGCAGUAACAUGUUCCUUUAUUUAACUGGUGAUACACAAUCAUUCUUAUGGGACAUAUUCAUGUGUACAGAGCUUUUCUCGUUUUUGGUGCCUUUUUCUAAACGCACUCGUGGAACAGUGCAAAAUUGAGGUGUGUUGCAGUUAAAGUGAGACUCUCUCUAUGCAUGAAAAUGUUACCAGUGAUACCUGUAUGACAAAAUAGGGCGUGCACCCCUUAUUCUAACCGUUUCAGUUGAUAAUAGGCAUCUUCACAAUUUACUAGCUUGUGAUAUUGUAUUCUAUUUGUGACCAAGCGUAACAUAAGCUAUACGAAUUCUGGUCCUUCAACCUUUAUAAUUGCAUCUUGGCUUUCCUUUUUUGUAGAAUUGGUGCCAAAAUUAAAAAUGUAGUCACGAACCUACUUAGGAACGCUUUGCAAAAUAAUUGUUUGAAAAUUUGUUUCGUUUGCCGAUUGCAGUAAAACAAGAGUGCUACUUUACUGAUUUCCCCUCAUAGUCAUACGAUGAAUGUAAUUUUCAAUAAUCUCCACUUUGUUAAAAUAUUAUGUGAUAUGUUAUUUAAAAUUGUGUGGUUCAAAUUAGUGAUUAUCUCGUAAUCGUUUUAUUUUAAUACUACUAUAUUUUGCACCAAGUGUAACAGGUUGUAGUAUAUUUUACUAAUAAAAUUAUUAUAAUGGUAAUUUUGUGUGUUGUGAUUAUUGAAAAGUAAAAUGGGGGAAGAGUGCUCUUGUUUAAAAAAAGAUGUAACAAUUUAUGUUAAAUUUUUAUUGUUUUUUUUAAAUAAAUAUCAGCGAUUUAGUCUUUCAUUUCUUGUUAAUUAAUUAGCUGUAACUUUAUUUAAUAUAUUUCAUUAUUGUAAAUUAUUGACUAUUAAAAUAUAGAUAUUAUUUCUU